AUAAAUACCACAACACAUGCCUCUCUAGCUAGUCAUCUUCAACACACUCCCUUGCCAUCCGUCCUUUAAAGCAAUGAGUUGUUCAAGUUCAAGGUUUAAAAGCUUCACAUUGUCGAUUUUGAUCGCGAUUUUAGUAUGGAGUUCAUCUACUUGUCAUACUUGUAAUGCAAGAAGGAAAUGGAGAAGUACAUCAACUAGUUCACUUUCUAAGAAGAAAUAUAACCACCACCAUCACAAUGGUGCUAAAUCUAAGUCGAAAUCUUAUUCGCAUAAAGCACCGCCGUCUUCAGCUCCUCCACCGGGUGAUCAUUACAACAAUGGUGGCCCUUCUGCUGCAGCAUCUUAUAAUGUGUUGAAUUUUGGUGCUAAAGGUGAUGGAAUUACUGAUGAUACUAAAGCAUUUGAAGGUGCUUGGGCAGCUGCAUGUAAGGUAAAAGGAUCAAAAAUCAUUGUGCCAUCACCAUACAAAUUCCUUUUGGGACCCAUUACAUUUUCUGGUCCAUAUUGCCAACAAAACAUCAUUUUCCAGGUUGAUGGUACCAUAAUUGCUCCAUCAAGUUUCAAACCUUACGGGUCAGGACUGUUUCAAUGGAUUUUGUUCACAAAACUAGUAGGACUCACAAUUCAAGGAGGAGGAACCAUCGAUGGCAGUGGUUCAAUCUGGUGGAAAGAGACUCCAGUAAAUGAUCCGUUUGAUAGUGAGCUAAAAUUAAUAGUUCCCAUCAAUGACACAGCUGGACAACCCGCUAAUUCAUCGAUAAGCAGCUCACUUGGAGGAAAAAUGCCAAGUAUAAAACCAACUGCUUUGAGGUUCUAUGGGAGCGUUGAUGUAACGGUCAGUGGCAUAACUAUUCAGAACAGCCCUCAAUGUCACCUGAAGUUUGAUAAUUGUGCCGGAGUCUCAGUGUAUAACUUCAAGGUCUCAUCUCCUGGUGAUAGCCCAAACACAGAUGGGAUUCAUUUACAGAACUCUAAGGAUGUGUUGAUCCACACUACCGAACUCUCAUGUGGAGAUGACUGUGUUUCUAUACAGACAGGCUGUUCAAACAUAUACAUACAUAAUGUUAACUGCGGACCGGGUCAUGGUAUAAGUAUCGGAAGUUUAGGAAAAGACAACACAAAAGCAUGCGUCUCAAAUGUCACUGUUCGAGAUGUUUUGAUGCAUAACACCAUGAAUGGUGUCCGGAUAAAAACAUGGCAGGGUGGAUCAGGGUCGGUCCAAGGAGUAAUGUUCUCAAAUAUUCAAAUUUCUGAAGUUCAAAUACCCAUAAUAAUAGAUCAAUUCUACUGCGAUAAGUCAACUUGUAAAAAUCAAUCAUCUGCCGUUGCACUAUCUGGAAUCAGCUAUGAGCGGAUAAGAGGAACAUAUACAGUCAAACCGGUGCAUUUCGCAUGUAGUGACAGUAUGCCAUGUACUGACGUGAAUCUAAAUGGUAUAAAUCUAAAACCAAUUCAAGAACGAUACCAUCUCUAUGACCCGUUUUGCUGGAAGACUUUUGGCGAGUUGUUAUCACCAGCAGUCCCACCGGUAGAAUGUCUGCUAAUCGGGAAGCCAUCAAGCAGUCAUGUUCAGGCUGAUCACGAUACAUGUUAGUUAAGGCAUUGCAGGUUUGACAUAAAUUGUGUGUGGUCAGUCUGAUCAUUUGACCCCUUUAAAAAUCUUUGACUUAUAGAAAGUCAACAAAGGCACAUUCUUUGUAGUAAUAGAUAUACAGAUGGUUAGUAGUAUUGGUACGUAGUUGCUAAGUUCUUGAUACCAAUGAGUGUGAGUCUAUUGGGGCAACUUUGAGUGUCAUAUAGAUAUAGGUGUUUGUUUUCAUUGUGUGAGAUAAAUAAACCAUAAUUUUAUCCGAAGGGUAUUCAGUUACCAUAUUAGAAUGA